CCUAAUCGGAUUACCUGAGUUGAGAGGACACUACGGGAACAGCAGAGGAGGAAAAGCGAGUUCAACCUACCAGCUCUUGGUUUUAAUUCUUUCCAUGUGUCACAAAAAUGCCUCUUUUCAUAAACAGGGACCAAAUAGCAGCGCAUCAGGUGCAUCUACUGGAGCACAAACUGAGGAAUAAAGAGGAGAGAAUACUUGAGCUGGAGACGGAGAACGCUAUCCUUCAUUUAAGACUUGCUGAGUGUGCAGGGAGGCUCCGUCGAGAGCAUGAAGAAGACCGAAAGGCAGUAGACCAUCAUCAGCUCCAGAGGAAAAUAUUCCAAUCCUCUCUUGUCAAGCUCCACACUCAGGUCCAGGCUGUCAAGCAGGCCCUGAGUGAGGUUUUUGCGGUUUACGUGAGCUUUGCCUCUGAACUGGAGGAGCAGAGCAAGCAGCUGCUGCAGAAAGUCAAGAAAGCCAACUCCUGCCUGAAUGAUCCCAACGGAGAGGAACUACACCAUUUGCAGGCUCGUGUCGCAGCUCUGGAGCGCUCCCUGGAGGAAGAAAGGGAGAGGUGCAGGGAAGAGAAGCAGAAGAGAAAAGAAAUACACAAUGCUUUAGUGGAAGUGAGAGGAAACAUCAGAGUUCACUGCAGGGUGCGUCCAGUUCUACAUUUUGACCACGUCCAGACUUCCAACUGCGGGUCAGGGUCUGCUUCACCAGACUUAGUCGUUCAUGCAAUUAGUGAUGACGCGGUGAUGGUGAAUUGCCUGAGAACUGGGAUGCCAGUGCAGCAAAAGAUGUUUGAGUUUGAGAGGGUGCACGGCCCAGAGGACUCCCAGGAAGCUGUAUUUGAGGAAGUCAAGUCCCUCCUUACGUCUCUGCUAGACGGCUAUAAUGUGUGCAUCAUGGCAUACGGACAGACAGGAAGCGGCAAAACUCACACCAUGAUGGGAUCUCAGUCUCUGGAGGCAAAAUCCGACACGCUGCAGGAAUCUCAGGAGGGCAUCAUCCCCAAAGCUGCUGCUGAGCUCUUCCGGCUGAUUUCUGAGAAACCAGCAGAGAGUCACACAGUGGAGGUAUCGGUGAUGGAGGUGUAUAAUAACGAGGUGUAUGACCUGCUCGCCCGAGACGAGCGGGGAAACGCUGUCGGCCAGCGACGGGAUGUCAUCACCACCUCGUCUGGGGCCAGCCAGGUCCCCAACCUCACAUAUGAGCCUGUGCAAAAUGCGUCUGAGAUCAUGAAGAUUCUGGGUGGAGUGCUGAAGCUCCGGGCUCAGUGUCCGACACUCAUCCAUGCCGACUCGUCUCGCUCUCACCUCGUCGUCUCUCUCACUAUUUCCACCAAGAGCCCCAAUGCACUGGCCCUGGUCCGCAGGCUACAGAGAGCCAAAAAGGACAUGCAGAGCUCCACCUGUAAGCAGUGGUGGAGUCCACGCUGCCGCCGUGCAAACCCUCCUGCCCGGCACUCCGCUGAUGAACUGACUGUGAGCCCGGCCUCCUCUCCAUGUCCCUCUCCUUCAUUCUCCCCGUGCCUGUCCCCCCGAAACAGCAUCUCGGCGACUCAUUUCCGGACAAAGCUGCAGCUGGUGGACCUGGCAGGGAGCGAAUGUGUCGGUAUGACUGGAGUGUCAGGGGCAGCUCUGUGGGAGGUGUCGUGCAUUAACCGGAGUCUCUCGGCUCUUUCGGAUGUCCUGGGAGCUCUGGCUGAACAGAGGCCCCACGUCCCCUACAGGAACAGCAAACUCACCCAUCUGCUGCAGGAUGCCAUAGGGGGCGAUGCCAAACUGCUGGUGAUGCUGUGUGUCUCUCCCACGCAGCGCUUCAUCACAGAGUCUCUACAGUCGCUCGCCUUUGGCACAAGAGCCCGCCAAGUCCAGAAGGAGAGACCCCAAAGGAGAACGAACGCACUAAAAGUGAAAUGAUGAGGCAGAGGAGGAUUUAUCUCUGCAGAUGCCCUACCCUUAUGCAGUCUGGCAGCCAUGUGCACAGGCAAUUUUGGGGGAAGAUACUCAAGCCAAAAAAUAAAUAAAAAAUCACCAAACUUAGUCAUAAAAUGGGGAACACACAAAACAAAGUAGGAUAUACUGAAUCUGUAAUUUAUUUGGAUUUAUCUUUAAACCAAUCAAUACAUGUUUAAUAAAUUAGGGAAACUCAAAUAAUCAA